AAGUGACUUUUAAUUUAGCUAAUAUUACUUACUGUCAAUCGUUAAAAGUGUGACAUUUGACAUUGAUAACUUUUGAGAAAUAUAAUACAAGAAAAAGUCAAAACAAACAUUUAAAAUUUUAUAAUUAGUAGUUAGGACGUGUUUGUAGUAAAAUCGUACAAUUAUAAUUACAUUUCUACCAAGGGUAACGAGGACAGUUAAAAAGAAAAAAUGUCAGUGAGCUUAUUUCUUUUUUCUUUUCUUAUGUAUUUCCCUAUCGUUCAAAACUUAGACAAUGGAUUAGCUCGCAAGCCUCCUAUGGGGUGGAUGUCGUGGGGCUACUAUAUGUGCGGUGUAGAUUGCAAAAACAAUACUGAUAAAUGUCUCGAUGAAAAUUUAAUAAUAUCGGUGGCGGAUAAAUUCUAUCGGGACGGAUACCAAGAGGCAGGUUUUGAAUAUAUAAUAAUAGAUGACUGCUGGUCGCAGAAGAAACGAGACACCCUCGGUCGGUUAGUACCUGAUAAAGAUAGAUUUCCUCGGGGAAUAAAGUUUAUUGCUGAUUAUAUACAUGAGCGAGGUCUUAAGUUCGGUAUGUACACGAAUAUAGCCGAUGUCACUUGUAUGGGCUAUCCGGGCUCUAGGGGUCAUUUCCAAAGUGAUGCUAAAAUGUUUGCGGAGUGGGGUGUCGAUUAUUUAAAAGUUGACGGCUGUUUUGUUGCUGAAAAAUAUCUUAAUACAGCAUACAUAAAGCUUGGCAUGCACUUAAACGCCACGGGUAGGCCGAUGGUGUACUCCUGUAGCUGGCCUUAUUAUAUAGAGUUUAUACACCAUAAAAAGCCGGAUUACAAAAACGUAGCCAAAUAUUGUAACAUGUGGCGUAACUACCACGACGUUGUUACGUCAUGGCAUGCCAUAAAGUCUAUAAUAUUACAUUACCAGAUGUCCUAUGAUGAGUUACAUGAACAUCAUGGGCCAGGCCAAUGGAAUGACCCGGAUAUGUUAAUCUUCGGUACAAAUUCCUUAACAGACAGUCAAAGACGGGUUCAUAUAGCUGUAUACGCGAUGUUAGCGUCUCCCUUAUUACUGUCUUGUGAUAUGGAUAAUAUAACUCCGUAUGAGAGGGAGUUAUUACAGAAUUUAGAUUUGAUGGCCAUUGCUCAAGAUCCUUUAGGUAUUAUGGGUAGGCCUUAUCAGUUGCAACACUUAAUAACGCUUUGGGUGAAGCCCCACUUACCCAGGAAAGGAGAUACGUAUCACUCUAUCUCUUUCGCUCUUGUUAAUUUAGAUGAAAUCGAUCGUUCUAUCUCUUUCACACCCGGGCAAUACGGAUUAAAUUCAACGGAUUACACUGUUAUGGACGUGUUCACAAAAACAUUUUUAAGAAAUAUUACAGUACAGGAUACAAUUACAAUUAAUGUACCGCCUGAAGAUGUGAUAUUGUACACGCUUUUCCCAUUAUGAUAUUUUUGGACAAGAUGUUUAUCAACAUUUAAUAUAAUUGUAACGAUAAUUGAUAAAUUAUGUUAAACAUUCCUUUACAUAUCAAUCCAAUCUACUUAUGUGGAAAAGUUGUUUGAGACAUAAUAAAUGUUUGUUGAACUGAAAAGAAUAAUAUAUUACAUAAAA